AUGCGUAGUCUUGGUUGUAUCGACUCAGCCCAAGUCAUGCUGCUCAGGGGACCCCUGUGCGCUGUGGGAACUGCUGACGAAUCACCGGCACCGCUGCCGCGGCUCCGUCCAGUUUCCACUGUCUCGUUCUCUGAUAUUCUUGUGCAAUUGAUUGCGAACUUCAUCCUUGUUCCUCGACUAGUCGCAGGAAAUGAGGAUUCUCCACAAAUCCAAGCGCUCCGUGCCACCCGGACGCGCAAUGAGGAUUUGGCCCAAGUCCUGUCCGAGAUCACUACCUGGAAGUGGCCGCGUUCAGACCUAAAUGCCUGGAUCAAGGUCCUAAACAAAUUCGAUUCGAUUCUCGAGGAUAUUGUCGCUGGCUACACAGUGAAUGACCUGCAGCUAGACUCAUUUUCGCCCGCAUCAAAGAGGCUUCUAUCGGAAGUACUGCGCUUUGAAAGAUUGCUGCUGGAAAACUCCACCAAUCGCAAGUUAUUCAGCUCCUACGACCGAUUGAACCAGCUAUUAUGCACGGAGGAUCUUGAUAUCCUUAUUCUCGCCCUCAACUUGCUGCUGCGACCUGCGCAACAGUACUCCAAUCAACCCUCCGUGAUACAGGCGUUGAACAUCUCCACACCUCGGCUACAGUCACUAUGCAAGCGGUGGCCCCAGCUACGCGACUUUGGCGUCAGUCUCGUCGAUCUGGUCAGCCCAAGCGGAAAUGCUGCGAUUGAUUCUCUCCCCCGAGAGGCCGGCCGAGUAAAUUUCUCGUUCUAUCGAACGGCGGCACCCACCUCGGCUGAUCAAGACAAGAAGAUGGAAACAGACGCCGCACCAAAUCGUGGACCAACCGUCGUACAGAUCGACGAACAGACAGUCGAAUCAAAGCCAGUGAUGCAUAUACUGAAGGAAGCCAUUGAAACCUAUUCCAUCCCAGAGAAAGAGAAGUUUGAGCUGAUGUGCCGGAUUCGUGCUGCCAAGGCCCUUGUAAAGGGGAACAGCGUCGAGCGCGAGAAAUAUGUCACUGUCCGCCUCCUCGCGAUAGCCAUUUUCGGCCACACCCAUCCAGAAGCUCAAGCAGCGUCAUCUUUGUUCCUUUACGAGCCUGACGUGGUCAACCACGUUGCAGAACUAUUGCAAGUGGACAAGGACGUGCCCAUUGCUGUUCAAACAGCCGCCAUAGCUGCUUUAGAUGCGCUAGCUAGAUAUCGAAGCAAGGCUCAAGAGAUCCUCGCUGCCGUGAACGCAGGGGUUAACCACGGGAUCUUGCUGGCUCUCGUUCGCAAGACCGUCGCCGAUGUAACAAACGCCGAUUCCACCAUCCCGCACUCCUUCAUCGAGGCGCUCCUUUCAUUUAUCACCUAUAUUGCUACCCAUCUUGCAGGAGGGAACAUGGUCGUAGGCGCUGGCCUCGUGCCACUAUUGAUACAGAUGAUCGAGAACAAGCUACCGAACCGACUUCCCAUGGUAUCGAAGACAAUGCAGUUAGUGGAUAAUGUUCUCUACAACUUCGCCAACGCCUUCCAAGUGUUUUGCGCUGCGAGAGGCGUAGAAGCCUUGGUGGAAAGAAUCAAGUUUGAGAUAGAUUUAGAUAUCGCCGAGUUUGGCAGUGGUCCUGGGGUUAGGGACUCCUCAGGCCUGUGUGGUGAUCUACCCGUUUCCAGAGCUGCUAUCCUCAAGCAUACCCUGCGCUCGAUGCAUCGAAUGAUGCAGUCGUCUGGAACAGGCGAGGGAUUGCGCGGUCUCAUCGACAGCUCUAUCUUGACCUCCAUCAAGAACAUCAUUGAAUAUAGAGGGCUCUUUGGACCCAGCGUACUCCCUGUGGCUAUCAACAUUAUGGCGACCUUCAUUCACAACGAGCCUACUUCGCUCCCCACUAUCCAAGAGUCGGGAUUACCAGAGACUUUCUAUCGCGCUAUUGAGGCUGGAGUAGAGCCUGCCAUUGAUGUCAUACAAGCCAUUCCGAAUGCUAUCGGCGCCUUGUGCCUGAAUGAAGAAGGGCAACAACAACUAUCCUCCCGCCCGAGCAUCAUUCCAUCUAUCUUCUCUAUCUUCACCUCCGAGCGACAUCUCAAGGUGUUACUGGAUAAAGAAAAUGCCGUCCUGACCGGGACAUCCAUGGACGAGCUGAUCAGACAUCAUCCUUCUCUGAAAGGUUUGAUAUUUGAAAGUAUCAAGGUAGUCAUGACGAAGAUCGAGGAUAUGGGCGCAGCUUGGAAGGCAGAAGGGGACCUCGUCAAAUGGUAUGCUUUAUUGCCGAAGGAGGCGGAGAUCGAGGAGGUAGAGAUGACGGAAGGGGAGACCCCCGUAGCCGUAGCAAGUGAGGAGGAUGUGAACAUGGAUGAGUCCCCUGAAGCAAGCCCACGUGUGAUUGAGGCGAUCGUUGAAGAGCCUGGGGAAGAGGUCAAGGAGCUGAGCGAUGAGAGCUCAAGACGUUCCCAUGACAAUAACAUCGUGUCGUAUAUUGAUGUCGUAAACCGAUUUUUGGAAGGUCUAUUCCAACAUAUUCCUCAUUGCAGAGACUUCGUCACCCUUGUGGGAGGCAUCGAGCGAUUGGGACGGUUUACUUCUUUGCCAUGUCUACCAUAUGACUUCGGCAACAGCGUGGCUUCAGACUCGAUGGUCCAGGUAAUGCGUACGCUGGCUGAAGUGGCUACUAAUGAGACACUCGCAUAUUUGAUGAAAUUGGUCAAAUCCUCUCUCGACGAGACGAAGGAGUUUUGGGAAACGGUCGGCGGUCAAUCGAAGCUUCUGCCGCUUCUGGAAUUCGCAGAAGAACAAAGAGAGGAGAAGAACAGAAUAUUCCGCAGCUUCAUUACCCUCCACAUACGGAUUACGUUGCUUUCGGAUGUGUUCGCUACCGCUGGCUACUCACAUGGACGUGGCGCGAUCUCGCUGCUUCAGACGCUUAUGGGGGACCAAGGUCCUGAAAUUGUCCCCGAUCUGGGAGCUCUACAUAGAGCCACCUUGUGCGAGAAUCUUCUCUUCAAGACCGAACUCAAGACGCAAGGGAUUGAAGGCCUUAAUACACCCAACGCCUCCACCCCGCUGGGCUCGCCGAUCCAAGGGCCCUCGGCCCUCCCUCCAGCAGGUGGCACUGCGACAACCAACGGGGUCGGGCCUAGUUCUGCGGACGGUACCCCUCCAGAGGGCUCAACUCCCGCCGACCAAUCCCGUUCGAAGGACAAUAUCCGAGAAAACAAUGCUGCUGCGUUGAAGCAUUUGUCGCAUGGGAUCCCUGCAUCCCUAGCGCCAUUCUUCCAAGCCCUUGUCAAAAUGUUUCAUGCACGACGCAAUCCGGACCCCGCGCAGAAGAAGCAAAUAGCCCAGUCGUCAAAAGUUCUAGCAGACGUAUUACUGAAACAUAUUUCACAGAGAGAGAUCGGAAGCAAUGCGGUUACAUACUCCUACAACAGUCUCAUUUUGGGAUUGAUGACAACGCUGCUAGUCGACGAGCGUACGUCCACGAUCAACCUGCAUACCGUACCUCUCCAUGCUUUCUACAACGUUGGGGGGUUCGACUCGGUUUCUGAGGUCUGCCGAGCAUUCAUGGCAUCCAUAGCCACUCUAAGCGACAUCAAAGCUGAAGACCGCACCGAGGACGAGAAACAGGAACUCAUACAUGCUUACGGCGGGCUCAAAAUUGCGUUGCAUCUCAUCUACCCCAUCAUUUCGUCGAAGCCCAUCUUCGAGUCGGGGCAAACAAUGCUCGUCACCACACCCGACAAGAAGGAUACAGACCCCGAUUACUUCGAACCCCAUAACUUCCUUGUGAAGCUUCGUCUUGCCGUAGUGUCGCUCCUCUCGGACAUAUGGACCUCCGAAUGGUUGAUCCAAGCCCCUUUGCCCGUCACGAAGUCUGUGGUCCAAACAGUCCUUGAACUCAUCAAUGCCGACAAUGAGGACGUAAAGUCAAAAACUAUGGUUGAGCAGAUUUUGGGUAAUGUUGGAGGAAUUCCUCGUGCCACCCCGGAUGACAAUCGUAUUAACCAGUUGGUGGACAUGGGUUUCCCCCGGUCGGCUGCUCUGAGUGCACUUAUGCGCACCCACAACAACGUUAAUGCUGCCACUGAAUUGCUGCUCUCUCAUCCGGUCCCUUUCCCUCCAGAUCCUGUCCCUGUUGAACCAGAGCCACCAUCAGAUGACGAUGAGGUAGUUGAGGAUGCACCAAGCGCGGAUAAUUCAGACGACAUAGCCCCACCUCAGGACGAAUCCGCUGCUGGCGCUGAGGAAGUCGCACCUCCCAUCGUUAGCCAGCCUCCGGCUAAAUCAUCUGAGGAGUUACGAAAGGAACUAGAGGAUGCUCGCACCCCUCUACGAGAAAGUCUCGCCGUUCGCGCGCUACGCAUCGUCGACGACCACCCACAGCUGAUCUUCGAUUUGCACACUGCAUUCGUUCGCCCAUCUAAUGAUCUGCAGAAGCAAUCGGUUCGAUCCCUUGUUGACGACGUUGCAUCGCUCUCCCCAUCCGCAUAUGAUGUCUCGGAACAGUCUUUGGCCAACCGCUGCCAGUUGUUGGCGUGGGUUAUGUGGGACAAUCCAUCAUCGCUCGGUCAGGACCUCCGAGCCUCUCUCCUGGAGAAGCUGCUAGCACUGUUACUAUCUAGUCCAGCUGGGGGAGAUACAAAUCAGCCCGCCCUCCCUAAGUGGCUUGCGGCACACCUUCUUUGUGUAGAGGCUCUAUUGACCUUAGCUGAAGAACCUCGGUCGAUUACGUUACCGAAAAAGGACGAACCCGUAGUUCCAGAGGACCUGUACUCUGGGCCGCCCCUCACAGAUGCGCGAAAUGUCAUCUUCGAGUUUUCUCUUCGUAUAUUGGCUAUCGUCAAUCUCCCUACAAACGAGCUGAUUUCUAUCUUACGACUGUUCGUCAUAUUGACGCGCAACCCUUCAACGUCCACUCUGUUUGUCAAGCGUAACGGAAUCAAUAUGCUCCUUGCUCGCAUGAAGGCUGGAAUCGAACAAAGCUGCGCAUCCUAUAUUGCAAUUAUUCUCCGCCACGUCGUCGAAGAUGAAAGUACAAUCCAGCAGAUCAUGAACAACAAUAUCAAACGUUACUUCACCCAGCCUCGCCCAAUCGUCGAAAUCAGCAACUAUGUCCGGCAAUGUACCCCCUUGGCUUUACGAGACCCUCAAGCAUUCAUUAAGUCAACGACAUCUCUUUGCGUACUCAAUCAUCCCUACGCGAUGCCUCAUAUUGGACUAAAGACCAACGUUUCACCUUCAAAAGCAUCGCCACAUAGUCCCGAAGGGGACAAUACCGUCAUGCAAGUUGACUCCCCGCCAGAAGGCCCCAGUUCGGCUGCUCGGGGGAAUGAGACGGUUGAAGCUGCCGUGCACGCCAUAAUUAUUGAGCUGCUUCGCAGUGGAAAUCACCAGUCAGAGUUAUCAGAACCCGCCGGUGAUCAGGUCGCCCGUAGUGAAGAAAGCAUAACAAGUGAUCAGAAACUUGAACGCUCCCACCACCAGUGCUUCCUGAUGCAAUGCUUGACCGAGUUGCUCUUUUCCUACGAGUCUUGCAAGGUCGCAUUCUUAUCGUACUCCACCAAAAAGCGCGUCCAGACACCUUCCAAAGACUCGACGAAGCAUCGGAGUCCUGCUCUGAAUUUCCUUCUUUUUGAGCUAAUUCCAACCUCAUCCUUGGAUCCACCAACGACAGACGAAGGUCGGGUUCGCGUGACCGUAUGCAACUGGGCUAUGUCUGUUGUAGUCGCCCUAUGUGUGGACACUUCAUCUCUUUCGGAAGCUAAAGAUGUUUCUCCCGACUUGGUGUCCGUCCGGAAAUUCGUGCUGGAUGCAAUCAGCCGUGCUAUCAAGGACUCCUCUAGCGCGGACUCCCCUGAAUCUCGUUAUGGGCGUCUUCUCUCUCUGGCAGACCUCUGCUACCGUUUGUUGACGGUGAAAUUCAAUUCUAAUCCCCGUAGGCAGGGUGAAGAAACUUCAACACAUAUCGCGAAGAUCAUGCUGGAAAAGAACUUUGUCGCUAUAUUGACUAACGCUAUCUCUGAGGUUGACCUGAACUAUCCGAAUGUACGAUCUCUAGUUGCUGCCAUCUUGAAGCCUCUUGAACUUCUGACCAAGAUAGCCAUCAAAAUGAGCAGAACUUCCCCCAAAACGAAAGAAUUUCCUACCGGCAACGUCGACAGCGAUGAUUCCUACAUCUCAGAUGAAGGGGAAGACGCAGAGGGUGGUGAAACUAGGGAAGAGACACCGAAUCUCUACAGAACAUCGGCUCUUGGCAUGUAUGGAGGGGAAAUGGAGGACGUGCACUUCGAUGGUGAAGAUGCGAUGGAUGAUGACGACGAAGAAGACGACGAAGAUGUUGAGAUGGACUACGGAGAAGAAACUGGUAGCGAAGACACCUCGAAUACGGAUGACGAAGAUGAGGAUGAGCUCGAGAAUGCGACCCACGAAUCCGGGGAAGGUUGGGAAGACGAAGAAGACGAAGACGAUUUGGUAGAGAACGAUGAUGACAACGACGACGACGGUGACGACGGUGACGAAGACGAUGUAGACGACGAAGAGAAUAUCGAAGGCGACCCUAUGUGGCCGAACCAAGCCAGCGCCUCAGCAGAUAUAGGCGGCGAGGAAGGUGACGAUGACGACGGUGACGGCGUACCUAUUCCUAUCAUGCACGAACCAGAGGAUGAGCCUGACAUGAUGUCUGAAGAUGGGGAGUUCGAGGAGCUGAUCAUGCGAAGUGGAGGAGAACUACCACAGGGAUUCAUACCCUUCAUGGACUCAGGGGGUGGUGCCCGCGAUGAGUUCGCUAUCUUUGGUACACGGCGUCGAGUGACUGCAGGAGAAGACAACUCCUUGUUCUUUGGUCAAGGGUCAGGUAACCAGCCUACACCGCCAGAGAAUACGACGCACCCUCUGUUGUUAGAUGGCUCCCAAGCAAGCGGUCAUCAAGCCUCGUCUAACGAUCCACGCAACGCUCGUCAGCAUCGUGUCAUCGCUACUAGCUCUGGCGAUAUUCUCCAUACUAUUCAAGGACUCCUUGGAGAUGACGCUUUGCAGCUGAUCCAGCAUGUCAUGACCCAAGAUCGUGGAGGAGCUGCUGCAGAGACCAUCCGGUUAGAUGUACCUGCUGGAACGAUGCUCAACAUAGACCGCGUCCCAUCGUAUGGUACCCGGCGUCCUCAGCUCAGCAUCGGUAUUCGCCUUGAACGCCAUCCACGACAAGAAUCGCGGCCUCAAAAUACUACAUUGCAGCCGCUACUCACUAUCCAAAGAUGGGCCGAAGAAGUGAAGAUGAUACAUGGCGAAUCUGCUGCAGAAAGGGUGCUUAGAUUGAGCAAUCAUGUUAUCCUUGCUCUGCUUCCAGCCGCGAUCGAGGCAGCUGCGCAGGCCAAAUUGAAAGAGGAAGAGGCACGGGCAAAAGCAGAAGCAGAAGCAGAAAAGGCAAGAGCAGCGGAGAAAGCAAACUUGGAGGCUCAAGAAAAGGCAAGGCUUGAAGCUGAGGAACAGAAAGAGAGGGAGAGAGCGGAGGAGGAGGAGAGAGCGAAGGAGAAAGAGAGCGAGACUGACAAGGGAAAAGAGAAGGAGGGAAUGGAGGUGGAGGUGGAGGUGGAUACCAAGGAUAAAAAAGGACAGGAACGGCCCGAGGCAGAAACAGAAGUGGGGACACAUGAAGAAAGUCCCGACUUGGCAACUCCGUCGGGACAUAUUUCUAGCACCGUUGCACCUGAAGCUGGUUCAUCCAGCUCGCUGAUGCCAGACGCCGAAAUGUCGGACACCACAGCGCCCGAGGCCUCCGCUGCCCCUCAGCGCGUAACUGUCAUGAUUCAUGGCAGUGCUGUAGACAUUACCGACACAGGCAUCGACCCUACGUUCCUUGAAGCCCUUCCCGACGAUAUGCGCGAAGAAGUCCUCAAUCAACAUGUUCGCGACCAGCGUGCUGCUCGUGUCGAACGUCCUCCCGACUCGCAAAUUAGUUCGGAAUUUUUGGAUGCUCUCCCACCAGAGAUCAGAGCUGAGAUCAUCCAGCAAGAGCGUGUGGAACAAGCCAGACGUCGUGCAGAGCAAGCGGCUCCGAACCAAGGCCCUGCGGAUAUUGACCCAGCAAGUUUCAUUGCUAGCCUUGAUCCUCAUCUUCGAGAGGUGGUCCUGCUCGACCAAGAGGAUGGAUUCUUGCAAACGCUCCCGUCUCAUAUUCUAGCAGAAGCAGGCGCUUAUCAAGAGGGCCGUCUCAAUCCGCCCCAUCGACAUCCCCCGAUACGUCCAACGUCCAACCGUCCAGACCCGGGACCACUGCGCAAACCAGUCACACACCAUGAUGCUAUCCAACUGCUCGAAAAAUCCGGGCUGGCCACCCUCGUGCGGCUCCUCUUCUUCCCCCAGGUGCUUAAGAAGAAUCUGCUUUUCAAAGUCCUAGUCAAUCUAUGCGAAAAUGUCAAGACGCGCACCGAAUUAUUCAACAUACUACUUGGUAUUCUCCAGGAUGGCACUGGGGACCUGGCUGCUGUAGACAAGUCAUUUGCUCAGAUGUCUGUCAAGGCGACUAAGUCUCCGACUCCCAAGUCUGCUGGUAAACAACGCGUUGGUCCAGAAUACACGACACCCUUCGCCCAUUCUAAUCCUCAGAACGACCCUGCUCCUGAACUCAUUGCUCAACGAUGCUUAGAAGGCCUCAGUUACAUUGUCACAGCCAACGAAACAUCUUCUCUGUUCUUCUUGACGGAAAGCGAACUACCGGCUGGCUUACGAAAAGCGGUCACUCGAAAAGGCAAAGGAAAGGAGAAACUUGCCCCUCAGACACACUUCCCAGUUGUACUCCUGCUUGGGCUAUUAGACCGACAAUCGCUCCUUAAGAUGCCGUCAAUAAUGGAAUCUGUGGUAAGCUUAUUGGCGACUGUGACGCGUCCUCUCGCCACCCUCAAAGAGAGCCCGACACCUCCUGAGUCAAAAGUUCCCGCCGAGCUACCUACUUCGAGCAACCUAGAUUCCUCUUCAACACAACCAUCGAGUGCUCCGGAGACCGCCUCAUCACCACCAGCCACUACUGCAACUGAACAGCCCGCAGAUGGAAGCACCUCUCAAGAAGCAUCCACCCAUCCUGCUCCGGACGCCGACAAGUCGGGGGAGAAGGCCGUCCUCACGAAGCCGCCCACCAUUCCACACGCGGUUCUUCGUCUCAUCGUUAACAUAUUGACCACCGGAGAAUGCUCGGGCCGUACUUUCCAGCAAAGUCUCGCUCUCAUACAACACCUUUCAUACAUACCUGAUGCCCGCGACGUUAUUGCAAACGAGCUUAAGUCCAAAGCACAAGAGUUUGGUCUUGGCCUCCAUCCCGACCUAGAGGAGCUUUCCAAUAUUUUGGGUAAAUCUGACAACGACGUUCAAGUCAGUGCUGUGGCUUCAAGGUUCUCUGCGCCUUCUUCCAUCCAAGCCAAUCUACUACGCGUGCUCAAAACCAUCGACUACAUGUACACCCCCAGGUCGUCUACGGAAUCACAAGCAAGCAGCGAUGCGGAGAAGGUCCAAGCCAUCUACGAGUCCUUCCACUUCACGUCCCUCUGGUCGCGGCUCAGCGAUUGCCUCAAAAUAGUCGAAGAGAAGCCGGAAACGGAGCAUAUCGCGACGAUUCUCCUUCCACUCAUCGAGGCCUUGAUGGUUGUCUGCAAGCAUGUAGGAACGUCCACAACCCAAAUUCCUCGCACCUUGCGAGCAACAUCUGUCCCAAAGUCACCUAUAGUCAAAGAUUCCACGGAAGACCUUUUCGUAACAUUCACCGACACUCACAGGAAGCUGCUCAACAUCAUGGUCCGCAACAACCCUUCGCUGAUGAGUGGAUCAUUCUCUCUUCUGGUGAACAAUCCUCGCGUUCUCGACUUCGACAACAAGCGAAACUACUUCAAUCAGCAACUCCAUCGACGACCGCAUGCGCGAGAACAUCACGGUACUUUGCAACUCAGCGUGCGGAGAGCCAGAGUAUUCGAGGACAGCUUCCAAUAUCUCCAGCGAAAGUCAGGUGAUCAGAUCAAGUACGGAAAACUCAGCGUCAGGUUCUACGACGAGGAAGGCGUUGAUGCAGGCGGAGUCACUCGAGAAUGGUUCCAGAUCCUCGCCCGACAAAUGUUUGACCCCAACAACGCGCUCUUCCAACCUUGUGCGGCCGAUCGACUCACAUAUCAACCGAACAAAAACUCCUGGGUCAACCCAGAGCACUUGUCGUUCUUCAAGUUCGUUGGUCGCAUCAUUGGAAAGGCUAUAUACGAUGGUCGAUUGCUAGACGCCUACUUCGCCCGAAGCUUGUACCGCCAGAUCCUGGGCAAGCCUGUGGAUUACAAAGACGUGGAAUGGGUUGAUCCGGAGUAUUACAACUCCCUUUGCUGGAUUCUAGAGAAUGACCCGACUCCGCUCGAACUCACUUUCAGUGUUGAAGCUGACGAGUUCGGUGUCAAUCGCAUCAUUCCUCUCAAGGAAGGCGGAGAGACCAUCCCGGUCACCCUGGAAAACCGUCGCGAAUUCGUGCAGCUAUCGGCUCAAUAUCGUCUCUACUCAUCCAUCAAAGAGCAAAUUGAGAAUCUUCUAGCCGGCUUCUACGAGAUCAUCCCGAAAGACCUCAUCACCAUUUUCAAUGAACAAGAGCUGGAGCUUUUGAUUUCUGGAACACCUGACAUUGACGUCGAUGAAUGGAGGGCCGCGACCGAGUACAACGGAUACACUAGCUCCGACCCUGCGAUUGUAUGGUGGUGGCGAGCGCUGAAGUCCUUCAACCGAGAAGAGCGAGCCAAGGUGCUGAGCUUUGCGACUGGAACCUCCCGUGUCCCUCUGGGAGGUUUCGUCGAGCUUCAAGGUGUGCAAGGUACCCAGAGAUUCUGCAUCCAUAGAGCGUACGGCGAGCCAGACAGAUUACCUCAAGCACAUACUUGCUUCAACCAAGUCGAUCUUCCACAGUACUCCUCGUACGAGAUGCUGCGCCAGCAAUUGCUACUCGCUAUCACUGAGGGUGGAGAAGGGUUUGCAUUCGCGUAA